GUGUAGAAUAUCCAAAGUUCGUUAAGGCCAUCUUUGGGCUCAAUCCGCUAAGCAUCUCCGACAAUUGCCACGCACAACCUUUUUACCACAAACGUGGCUAACAUGCACACACCCCAUUCAUUUCACUGCCUAUGUCUAGUUCUUCUCGGUGCGUUAAUUUUUUGUCAAUCUGCAUCGGAAAAAAGAAAUACAGUGGAAAAAUGGCACAGGCUGUUAUGACACCGCAGGUUCAAGAUGCUGAGCGUUAUUUUACGCUAGUGAGUGGACAUAGAAUACCAGCCGUUGGAUUAGGCACUUGGAGAUCUGGCUCUCGAGCCGAUGAUUCUGUGUUCAAUGCUAUUGUUGAGGCUGGUUACAGGCACAUCGAUACUGCUGCAGAAUAUGGAGUUCAUGAAGAGGUAGGUUUUGGUCUACAAGCGGCAAUAAAGGCAGGAAUCCGAAGGGAAGACAUUUUCGUCACCACUAAGCUUUGGUGCUCUGACUUAUCCCCAAAUAGAGUUAGAAUCGGAUUAAACAAUGCUCUUCAAGAACUCCAAGUUGACUACCUCGAUCUUCUCUUGAUUCACUGGCCUUUCCAUCUUAAAGAAGGAGCCAGCAGGCCUCCCAAAGAGGGGGAAGUUUUGGACUUGGACAUGGAAGGGGUUUGGAGAGAAAUGGAGAAGCUUGUGAAGGAAAAUCUUGUUAGGGACAUCGGAAUUAGCAAUUUUACCUUAAAGAAGUUGGACAACUUGCUCAGUUUUGCCCAAACAAUGCCGUCCGUUUGCCAGAUGGAAAUGCACCCGGGGUGGAGAAAUGAUAAAAUGCUGGAGGCUUGUAAGAAAAAUGGCAUCCAUGUCACUGCUUAUUCGCCUCUGGGGUCCUCAGACGGAGGUAGAGACUUAAUACACGAUGAGGCAGUUGAAAGGAUAGCAAAGAAGUUGAACAGAACUCCGGGUCAAAUUCUUGUGAAAUGGGCUAUGCAAAGGGGAACCAGUGCCAUUCCAAAAUCAACCCACUUAGAAAGGAUUAAAGAGAAUAUUGCAGUGUUUGGAUGGGAGAUCCCUGUGGAGGACUUUGAAGCUCUUUGUAGGAUCCCAACUCAGAAACGAGUGCUAAGUGGAGAAGAACUAUUUGUGAACGAGGAGGCUGGACCCUUGAGGAGUGUGGCUGAUGUUUGGGAUCACGAGGAUUGAAGAGGUUUUGACGAAAGGCUUGAUUCCAAACAAGGUUGACUUUUUAUUGAAUAUAAAACACUUGAUCUGUGUAAUAAAAACGUGGAUAUGAUGUUUGAAGGAGUUGUAAUAUUUAAAAAUAUCAAAUAAACCCUCAAGUUUUGAUACGAA